AUGGAAGAGACGGACCAGAUUGUCCGGGUUUUUGAAUGGCCAUGGCCGACUUAUUUUCAUGGUCUGCCGCCAGGGUAUAAGAGCAUCGCACAGGCCGUUUUCCUCGUCUUCUUUCGUCUCUCCAUCACAUUCAAUUUGUCCUUUCCAAUUCGAAGUACAGCCAUGGCGAGCACUCUUUCCGAUCUCACUGCGACCAUAACAUCUGCUCUUUCGAGCCUCCCACCACAAGACAAGAUCCAGGAUGCUGAGCGUAUGCAGCUCCUCGAGGCAAUUAACCGCUUGCAAGCAGAGCUUGAGCCACCUCCUGUAUCAAUCCGACGUAUUUGUUUCUCGCACUACUCACUUGUGAUCAUUCGGGUUGCCCAAGGCAUGGGGGUCUUCGACGCUUUCGUCGAGUCCGAGGGUGCACAUUUGAGCCUGCAAGAGCUUUCUCCGAAGAUCGAGGGUGAUGAAAAGCUUCUGAAGCGUGUCAUGCGCUUCCUCUGCGCGCAUCGUAUCUUCAAGGAAGUUGCUGGUGAAACAUAUCAGCCUUUGCCGUUGGCGAUGGCCUUCGGAACCGGGUCUGUGCCAGGAGAGAUGAUUAAGCACUUCCAUGCCUGUAUGCAAGCAAGUGCGAAGAUCUUCGCGUACCUUGAAGAAAGGGGUUAUAAAAACCCCGAGGAUGCUUACGAUGCCCCUUUCCAACUGGCAUAUAAUACCAAGGAACAUUAUUUUGAUUGGCUCAAGAAGAAUCCUGAAGUCCAAAAGGCUUUCAACGCGGUCAUGACGACAAGUCAGCAGUUCCGCGGAGAGGAUUGGUUUGAGAUGUUUCCAGUUACUGAGAAGCUGAAACUGAACACAUCUGAGCCCUCGGAUAGAGCCUUGCUCGUCGACAUUGGCGGCGGCGUUGGCCACGACAUCAAAGCUUUCAGAAACAGGUUCCCAAAGCUCACGGGACAGCUAAUCCUUCAGGAUCUCCCUCAAGUCAUUGGCGCCAUCAAAGAGCCACUCCCUGGUGGUAUCACUGCAAUUGGCCAUGACAUGUUCAAGCCACAGCCAAUCAAGGGUGCGAAAGCGUACUAUUUACGAACGGUAUUGCACGACUGGCCGGAGAAGCAAGCCCUGGAGGCUCUUUCCUGCAUUCGUGAGGCGAUGGCGGAGGACUCUAUCCUCCUUAUUCAUGAACACACGACCCCUGAGGGAGCCAAUGUGCCGCCACUAGCCGCGACGCUCGAUUUCCAUAUGAUGGAGAUGUUCUCCGCCUUGGAAAGAACUGAGAAGGAAUGGGUCACUCUUCUUGAAAAGGCGGGUUUCAAGGUAGCUAAGGUCUGGAAGGGUCAGUCGAACACACAUCCCGUUGCUUUAUUCGAGGCGACCCUGUAA